CUGCCUUUUAUCAUGUUAUUCAAGCCAAAGUGCCAGAAAUUCUAGAUAAGAUCUUACUUCAUUUCAUAACCAUGAUAAUGACCUCUCAUUUGGCACAGUUCAGUCAACGACACCAUAUGAAAAGGCCACAGAAAUCCCUUGGUUUCAGCAUUUUAUGUUCACUGAAUCAAAAUAAACAAAAUGCCAUCAAACUGGAAGAGGCCAGCUGAUGUUGCAUUUCCUCAAGUUUGGGCUAGGUGUGAAGGCAAAACAACUUUAGCGGAUGGUUCUAAGCUUGUAUACAGAAUACAGGAUGCCACUCCUGAAAUGCAUGAAGAGAUUCUUGACAGACUCAUGAUGGUAUACUUUGUCCGAGAUGAGGAUAUUUGCAAGACAAUUAAUUUAAUGGCAGAUAAAACAUCUAUGGAAGAAACUAGAAUAAUGUGGAAGGAAUCACUACAGCAGAAUGUUGGUCUUGUAGCUAUAAGAGAAUAUCCAGAUGGUCAAGAAGAAAUCAUUGGGACCAAUAUAACAUGUGUUGUCAGCAAAGGGGAGAAAUCAAAUCCUGAUGAGGUGAAAGGUGAGGCAAUGAGAAAAAUUUGGCGUAUGUUGAUGGAGGAUCUACCAAAACAACUUGAUGUAUUUGAGCAUUAUGGGGUGGACCACUACAUGAGUGCUGUGGGGCUAACUGUAUUACCAAAAUAUUGAGGACAAAAUGUGGGACUUGAGAUUUUACGUGCUCGAUUUCAACUUGUGAAAGGUGUUGGACUGAAGGCAACAGCAACAGCUUUCACUGCCAUGGCCUCUCAAAAACAAGCACAGCGUGCCGGCUAUGAGUUGUUGACUGAAAUGGUAUAUAAUGAUUACAAGGUAGAUGGAAAAGUUGUCUUCCCAGGGAUGACCACACCAUCAGUGAAAUAUAUGGGCAAAUACAUACCUUGAUGAGCAGAACAUAAACUGUAAUGGUCAUUCAGAAACAAAGUAGCAGAGAAAAUGUGUGUGUGUGUGUGUGUGUGUGUGUGUGUGUGUGUGUGUGUGUGUGUGUGUGUGUGGUACAAAAUGAAAAUUUAUUAAACAGUAUAAUUCAGUGCAUGACGUCAACUUAUGUGAGUAUGGUGUAUGAAUGAUGUAUUUGAAUUUUCAGCAGACAAAUGUGACUCAAUAAAAUAACAUUGGUAAUUUGUAUUAAACUGACAAAUUUGUAUCAUUGUAAGCUACAUAAGUUCAGAGUAAUAUUUCGCUUUGCAGCUUGUAAAAAUUUCUGCCAAAGUAAUAAAUUACAAGGGGGUUCCUUAAGUUUCAGAUAAAACACAAGAAUGUAACAUUUGUACAGUUUUUCAAUAAACAAUGAAAGCACUCUCUCAGUUCACUAACCAA